UCUAAAGACCUGGAACUGAGCUGGAAAACACAUCGGCCAAGUGGUAAACUAGAGUUUCAGCCUGAUCAAAAGACAUUCGUCCAUGGGAGAGAGCAGUGAACUUUUGGAGAAGCUUGCAUCUAUGGAGCAACUCAACUCCUCCAGUACCUCCAUCUUGGACCCCACCUUCCAGGAUUCAGGCCGGCUGACAUCGAGUGUCAUCCUGGGUAUGUGCUGUGUAUUGGGUCUCCCUGCGAAUAUAGCUGUCCUGGUGGUCAUCCUGCGCCGCUCCCCCCGACGCCUCAACUUCACUCUAUACCUUAUGCUGAACCUGGCGUCCUCUGACAUCCUGUGCCUGACCACUGUGCCAGUGUGGAUAUAUACGGUCCUGCAUGGCUGGACUCUGGGCCGUGUUGUUUGUAAGCUAGCCUCCUUCCUGCUCUACCUCAGCUUGUAUGCUAACGUGCUAACCGUCACUCUACUCGGCAUCCACCGUUAUAUCCAGGUGCUCUACCCAAAGAGGUGGAAUUGUCUGGGGCACAAAGGAGAAAGGGCGCUGCUUCUGGCCCUGUGGGGGCUGGCCUGUGUCUUGACUGCACCCGCCGUGGCAACUCGUGAUGUGGGUGACGGUGAACUAAAGUGCCAAAAACAAACAGGUUCUAACGCUGAAAUAAUAGCGGUCCUCAUCUCCGAGACCAUUCUGGGGUUUGUGGUCCCGUUUUCAGUACUGGUCACAUGCUACUGCUGUCUUCACAGGAGGGUGAACAACACAUCCCUGUUCAGCAGUGUCAAGCUGACUAGGUUGGUCACCAGCGUAAUCGUUGCCUUCUUCAUCUUCUGGAUCCCUGUACAUAUCGUCAAUGUAGUGGACAUUGCCGGUGUGGUGCUGCAGUCGUCCCAGCCAGAGGUGUCGGCAGUGUUGCUGAACAACAGGAGCAUAGCCGCACGCAUCGUCCGGAGCUUCACGUUCGUCAACAGCUGCCUUGACCCUUUCCUGUAUGCCUUUGCUUCCCGGAGAAUCAGGGAGAAGCCCAAGAUUACGUACAAAAGGGGGGAUGGAAUGCACCUGACAAAGAUCUGA